CUUAAAGGGUUCAAUGGUAAUUUUCAUGCCCUAAAUCGAGGGGUUGCGAUGUUUUGUGCUUGUAGGCUUCGAUCAGACUCCUUGAUACUCCUCUAGGUUAAGAAAGAGACGGUGUAAGUAAUCAUAUAAAGUUUUAUAUAUAGCUGUAUGUAAGAAGAAAAUGUACAUAAAGACAAUAAAGAGGGGCCAAAGGAGGAUUUUCAGAUGCAAAAAAGGUCCUGAAGAGGGAAAGGCUCUUCAGCAAAUUUAGCAUUUGAAGCUUGCAAACAAAUUGGAGAAGUUCUCUCUCUCUCUCUCUCUCUCUCUCUCUCUCUCUCUCUCUCUCAUAUGAGAUUACAGCGUGAACUACAAUCCUUAAACAGACUUUUAGAGGCUUUAUUAAAGCAAAGAUAUAUGAACAAACUAAUUAGCUAGAAAGUUGAAUAGCUACCUCAUUCAUUGUUCUUUCUUACAAGGUUCGUAUAUAGUGGGGUUAUGAGUUCGACAUCAUUUAUAGAUCUCUCCUUUAAAAUUUGGGAGCUACCUCGUCCUCGUAGCCUACAUAAGAUCGACAUCGACUUUGUUCUUCUAAAUUAAAGAUCGACCAAAAGAUGUGGGCAAAACUUAGAGCUUCUUCAAAUAUUGCAAAGGGGAAAGAAGUGAUAAGGCAAGUUCGUAAAAGCUUCAAUCUAAACGAGGAGUACCUAAGUGCAUUUAGAACCAAAUCCUAUGCAGACUUCUUCAACAAAGCUCAGUUGCUUGUAAACGAGUCAUCAUCAUCUCCUUUGAAUUACAACCAUGAUCACAAAUUGACAGAAGUCCUCCUAGAACCUGGUCAAGAAGCCAUACCAGAUAUCCUUGACUCGGCAAUUCUUUCGAAGGAACCUAAAUUGAAGGGCCUUAUGCUCAACUACUUUGACAUAAGUGCUGAAGCCUCAAAAAUAUGCAGCCACCUCUUAAAAAGCAUCAACCAUGUCCAAUCCAGUUACCACUUUGUUCAACAAGAACUUGAUAAAUUUGAAGAAUACUCACCGGACAAAAUCAAAUCCAUUAUUUCGGAGCUAAACUUGCUCAUACUUCAAAACAACAUUAACCCUUUUUCAAACCCUAAUAACCAUGACUUUGAGCUCAUUCAUGAAAAGUACUCGUCGGUUUUGCACCACCUAAAGUCGAUGAGGAAAAAGGUGUCGCGGAAGAUUAAGCGCAUUAAAUGUUUCAAAAAGGCCACUGGGAUUUGCAUAACAGCAGCUUGUAGUUUGAUUGCUAUAACCGCUAUUGUUUUAGCAGCACAUACUCUCACUGCCUUGCUCAUGGGGCCAGCUCUCAUCAGCUUCCCAUUUAAAAGCUUCAAGAAAAAACCGCGUAGCAUUCCAUUUUUGAGAAGUAGGAUUCUUACCAAAGUUGGAGAACAACUUGAUGUGGCAGCCAAAGGGAUUUAUAUUUUGAAUAGGGAUUUCGACACGAUGAGCCGACUUGUGGCAAGGCUUCAUGAUGAGGUUGAACACAACAAGGCGAUGAUCCGGUUCUGCUUGGAGAGGAGAGAGGAUAAGUUUUCUUUGCAGGUUGUGAAGGAGCUUAAGAAAACUGAUGUUGGAUUCAGGAAGCAAGUGGAAGAGCUUCAAGAGCAUGUGUAUUUGUGUCUUGUAACAAUCAAUCGAGCUAGAGCUUUGGUGGUCAAGGAGAUGACAAAAUCUUGUGCAGAAAAUUGAUUUAGAAGUUAAGGAUGGUACGUAGCCAUUUAAAAGGCCUUGUACAGUAUAAUACUUCAUGUUCUGUAAAUUAUAUACGACCACACACGAUUUGUAUAAUGACCGAGAAUCUAUAAGAUUUAUAUGGAAAAAAAAAUGUUCAUUAUAUAU